AUGUUCGUGGAACAGAACGGAGUGUCAUCCUCGCGGUCUGUUCAUUGUUCAAAACGUCUCUUGCCACCCCUCCGUUCCGUGGUACGCGACGUCAUUGUCAAGAAUCGUUGCUGCAACCCGCGUGUGUCGUCGAUGUUCAACAGGGAAGCCAGGAUCGACAUCACCUGCGAGCCCAAAAAGGACAACGUCAUCGACUGGGAUUGCAUUUUUGUGAGUGUGAAGUUGGUUGCCGUCCCCCUCAUCAACGUGCUGAGGACAAAUACUCGUUCAUCGUCACCACCUCGAUUUGACUUACUGAAGGGCGAAGAUUCGGAGGAGGAGGUUCUCAAGUACAGGAGCAAGGACAAGAAAGAGAGGGCGACCCACACUUCGUGUACGGACAAAGACCGCCCGUGCUCCAGGUUUAUCGUUCCCAAGAAUGUGCAGAGAGCAGAAACUAAAGUGGCUUACGGGCCCGAGGGCUUCCCCUUCCUCAAGGGCGAGAGGUACAUCUACAAGUACAGCUUCCGCGCGGUCGAGGGAAUGAAGCUCGGCAAACGUUUUACGCAUAUUGGCCAGAUCAAAGGCGCCUACAACGGAGGGCAGACGGUGGACGGAGACCCGAUUGUAUCCAUCAGUGCCAACCUCGACGGUCUCCAUGUUCGCUUCUCCAACAUUGACAAGACCAUCCCCGACUACUACACCCAUGACAGCUGGUACCGGAAUUGGGAGGACGCCACGGGAGAAUGGGUGCACGUGACGAUCGACACGGUCUUUGGGGAGUUCAUGGAGGUGGAAUUCGCAGGGGGCGUGAGCGGGAAGUUCGUCUGGCCUAAGGAUAAGACUCCUGUCGCCUGGAACAACAAGGGGAAAAUGGCCAGAAUGAAGCUAGGGCUGUACCAUAAAGAGGAACAAGUUGGCGACGGCGAAGUCGAGAUCAGGGAUGUCUCCAUCGAAGGGCCGAACGGCAUUAUCCGCACGAGUCCAGAGGUAUAAAACCUAGCGCUUGCUCCGAGAGCACCAGGAGAAUAAAACCGAUGGGUCGCCUGCUUCAUGUCUUCAUACGUUGCGGGCGGUCGCCUAGGUCACUCAGCGACUGACAAAAAUGUUGAACAGUCGAGGGUUCGAACUGACCACCUGUACAAUCUUUCGGGCCUCUCGUUGUAUGCGUCCUGCACUGCUCUCGUUCUUUCGUGUUCAACGCCACGCCAGGAGUCGCCAUCGCCCAGCUCAAGUGAGAAACACCUUUCCACGCGUUGCACUAGUCGCCAAGCGCUCAUCUGUGUAUUGUAUGUAUCACCUGGGCAUUCCGUUUUACAGCGCUUUGCCAACAGCGCCAACCCACCUAAGCUAGAACGGAGGGUGGACACCGUUUUUCACCAACCGCUGGGGAAUGUAAAACACACCACCCCAAAUAUAGCCCCCAUAGUAUGCGGUACCAAAGACGCGUGACGCAUGGACGAGUGGAGUGAGGAUAGCUGUAUACUGAAACCUCAAGGGCUGAGUGAGGUUUAAGAUUGCCAGACACAUGGACGGGUUGAGUGGGGAUAGCUACAUAAUGAAAUCCCAUGGGUUGAGUGAAGUUGGAGUGCCGGACACAUAGAGCCGUUGAGUGAGGAUAGACACAUACUGAACCUCACAGGUGGUUUGUGUUGGAGAUUGCCGGACACAUGGACGUGCUGAGUGGAGAUAGCUGCAUACUGAAACCUCACAGAUGGAAUGAUUCUUGUGUUUGCCAGACACAAGACGCACUGAGUGGGGAUAGCUACAUAAUGAAAUCCCAUGGGUUGAGUGAAGUUGGAGUGCCGGACACAUAGACGCAUUGAGUGAGGAAAGACACAUACUGAAACCUCACAGGUGAUUUGCAUUGGAGAGUACCGGACACGUAGACGUGUUGAGUGAGGAUAGCUUCAUACUGAAAGCUCACAGAUGCAUUGUUUGCCAGACACAUAGACGCGCUGCGUGGGGAUAGGUACAUACUGAAACCUCAAGAGUUGAGUGAUGUUGGAUAGUGCCAGACACAUAGACGCUUUAAGUAAGGAUAGCUGCAUAUUGGGACCUAACGGGUUGAGUGACGUUUGCGACUGCCGGACACAUGGACGCACUGAGUAAAGAAAGCUGCAUACUGAAACUUCAAAGGUUGAUUUGUAUUGGAGAUUGCACGACACAUAGACGCGUUGAGUGAGGAUAGCUGUGUACUGAAAAUCCACAGUAGCUAUAGUGAGGGGACAAUUCGAGAAUGCAGUACACAUAGACCCGACCCCCAAUCCG